GGACAGAUUUCUGUGCUCGCGCGCGAUCAACACGGUUGCCGAUUCUUACAACGGAAGUUUGAUGAAGAAGGUGCCAAAGCCGUCGACUUGUGCUACGAUGAAAUCAUCGCCGAAGCCGUCGAGUUAAUGAUGGAUCCCUUUGGCAACUAUUUGGUGCAAAAGUUGAUCGAGUGCUGCAGCGACGAACAACGUUCUGGAGUUCUACGCGCGGUUUCUGUCGUCAAGGAUGAUUCACUUGAUGGGUUGCCUGAGCUCGUCACUAUCGCUUUGAACACGCACGGUACUCGCGCGGUUCAAAAGUUGAUCGAGAUGCUCAACUCUCCCGAAGAGGUUUCUCUGGCGACGAACGCAUUACGACCUGGGGUCGUUACUUUGAUCAAGGACUUGAAUGGUAACCACGUAAUUCAGCGGUGCCUUCAAAGAUUGUCGUCUGAAGACAACCAAUUCAUCUAUGACGCGGCCAAGGUGCACUGUGUUGAGAUUGCGACUCACCGACACGGUUGUUGCGUUCUUCAGCGUUGCAUCGACCACGCCAUUGAUGAACAACGUCGUCCGUUGGUGCUCGAAAUCGCCUCUCAAGCGCUCGUGCUUUCUCAAGAUCCUUUUGGAAACUACGUCGUUCAAUACAUUUUGGACCUCGGAUUGUCUUGGGCCAACGGAGAAGUUAUGACGCAGCUCCUCGGCAACUAUGCCGAACUCUCCAUGCAGAAGUUCAGCUCCAACGUUGUCGAGAAGUGCCUCAAACUCGCCGACGCGUCUCUCGAGAAGAAUCGCAACACGGUCGUGCGUGAAAUCAUGCAGUCGCCCCUGUUGGACCGUCUUCUCAUGGAUCCGUACGGUAACUACGUCGUGCAGUCAACGCUCACUGUCACAAAAGGUGUUCUUCACACCGAACUUGUCGAGCGUAUCAGACCACACUUGCCAUUGAUCAAAAAUAGUCCGUUCGGUAAACGGAUUUUGCGAUUACUCCUGGAGAAC